AUGGCUGUCGCUCAACCCAAAGCAAAGGCUCCCAAAGCUGCUCCAGCUACAAAAGGAAAGAUGCAAAUGCAUAGACGAUCAAGGACAGGUUGUUACACAUGUAGAUUAAGAAGAAAGAAGUGUGAUGAAGGCGCCAUAGCUUGUAGUGCUUGUAAGCAUCUCGGUUUACGAUGUGAAUACAAGAGACCCGGAUGGUGGGGAAACAAUGAGUUGCGCCGCCAGCAAAAAGAAGUUAUCAAGACCAUCAUCAAGAGAAAGAAGCUUACGGAGAAGACCACCGCAUCAUCCCAAGCUCAGUCACAACAAGUUAUGGCAUCAAGUAUCGAUACCCCUCCCGGACUUUCACACUCUCUUCCUACCUCUGCAACCUAUUCCGAUCCCUUGGACCGCAAUCGAUCAUCAUCAAUCGAUUCUCAAUUAUCUCUCUUUGAUUUCAAUGCUCCUCCAAUGGUCGAUUACACUGCCUACAAUACGCAAAUGCACUCAUCGCAUGCUCAGUACGCAACGAUGUAUCCUGAAUACUCACCAUAUGAAAUCGAUGUAAAGACGGAACGACAGAUGUUUGUUAAUGAUGUUCCUACUCAUCGUGAAUCAACCAUUUCGACCUUUAGCACGUUCCACCCACCACCGCCACCCAAUUCAUUGCUACCAUCUUUCCCUAUUGAUCAUGAGUGGGAUACCGUAUACAAUGAGCGUCAUGAACUUCUGGCAGAAGAAGCAUUGAACAUGAAUCUUUUCGACUUCUCACACGGACCACCAUCUACAUUUAGACAAGUUGCUAUUGAGUUGGAUGAGAGUGAUCAAAGACUCCUCGAUCACUUUGUCUCCGAUGUUUUACCGACCAUAUUCCCAAUUCUUGAGACUAACCAACAUGGUUCCGCACGAACAGAUUACAUCCUCCCAGCACUCCAGAGCAACAAAUGCUACUUACAUUGCUGUCUUAGCAUUUCUGCUCAACAUUUCAAAUCCACCAUGAAUAUUCAAGGUGAUCAAAUCGAUAACGAUAUCAUGCGCCACCGCUACGCAACUAUCUCUGAACUUUGCGAGGCUCUCAACCGCGACACAGAUCAUGUAUCGAUAUUGGAAGCUACUUUAGGAAUGAUCUUCUUUCAAUGCUCAGUAGGUCGAUUUGACGACUCUCUACCAGACAUUCCAUGGCACCAACAUUUCCAAGCUGCCAUUUCUCUUGUUCAAAAACUUGAAUUACCUCGUCUAGUCACCGAAUCGCAUGAUCUGAUGUCCUUCAACAUGACUCUAACAGCUUGGAUUGAUAUCCUCGGUUCUACCAUGCAAGGCCGUGCACCAACCUUCGCUCACACUUACAGAGAAAAGCACUUGUCGCAAACCAACUCAUCUCUGGGAUUGAGAGAGCUCAUGGGCUGUGAAGAUCGUGUGUUAUAUCUCAUCUCCGAAAUCGCUUGCUUAGAAGCUCUCAAGAAUGACGGCAUGGAUGACAUUCAACUAUGUCAACAUGUUCAUGCUCUAGGUGACCAAAUCGGUCUCACGGAGAUUGGUGAAAUGGGACCAAGAUACCCAUAUAAUGCUCAUGGUGCUCUGAGCCCAAAGCAAUUGAGCAGAAAUAUGACGGCCGCUUUCCGUCUCGCCGCUCGUAUCUAUCUUUGUAGUCUCGUUCCCGGUUUCUCCCCAACUCAAGAUAGCUGUGUUGGUUUGGUUGCAAAACUGACUCAAGCUCUUGAAUUCAUCCCAGCCGGACCCAUUGGUUUUGACCGCAGUCUCGUGUGGGUUUAUCUCAUUGGAGGAUCCGUCAGUACUGCCAACUCACCCUUCCGUCAUCAUUUUGCCGAUCGUCUCGCUGCCCUUGGUGAUCUCGCCAACCAAGGAAGUUUCGGUCGCGUAACCACUCUUCUCCAAGAAGUCUGGUCACAUGUCGAUGGACGAUACAGUCCUGGUGGUGGUGAUGCACAUUAUGUCUCCUGGAGAGAUGUUAUGCAGAUGAAGGGCUGGGAUUUCUUGUUGAUCUAG